AUGUGGGUGACGGCUGAAAAUUGCGCUGUUCGAACACACACUGGAUCCCAUGGGCGAUUUGGUGAAGUGAAGCAUCGCAUGCGUGAUGUCUACAAAGUGGAGCCGUUUGAAACUUGGACACAAAUUGGGGAUAUAACACACGUAAGAGGGGGGGCGGGAGGGGCGCGGGGGAAGGGGGGGGGGGGGGGGGGGGGGGGGGGGGGGGGGGGGGAGAUUAGGAGAGCGGUAUUCAUCAUACUAUGUGAAGGUCUAUGCAUCUGUGAUCCGAGGGUGGGGCGAGGGGGGGGGGGGGGGGGGGGCGGCGGGAGGGGGAGGGGUCUAGAGCGAGGGUUCGAUCGUCUCAAUCAGCGUUUUUCAGAGUGGUAG